AAGGACGUACAGAGAUUUUGUAGAUUACUGAGUUCCUCUCUGCCUUUUGCGUCCCUCUUUUCUGCUUAUAAAAGCACAGGGCACAAGCCAGUAACCUUAUUAUUCUUGAGUGCAGCAAAUAGCAAAAGAAUCCAAAGGAGAAACAAGAAUGAUUUGGGGAAUAUGCAUCGUGUUACUGCUAGCCCCAGUACUGACAGAUGCCCAAAUUGAUAUCCAUGCUACCUCCCAGGACUAUGAAGUGGGAAGUAAGAUACUACUGCUCUGUAAAGUCAAUACUGAAGCAGAAUGUAUAUGGCUGAAGGAUGAAGAGGAGAUAGAUGAAGAUUGGGUGGAAAGUAAAAAACUGGACGAAACUUUAUAUCAACUGACCAUCAAAUCUGCUACAAUGGAUGACAUGGGCCGCUACACUUGUAACUGUAAAUUUGAUUCUGGACUGAAGAACAGCACAGAAUUGAUGAUCUAUGUCUACCAGCGGCCCACAUUUGUUAAAACAGCAACUUACUAUGAGUUUUUGGAGGGAGAUGUGGCUGUUGUCCCCUGUAUUGUGACAGGGCAGCCACAGGUUGAAGUGAAGUGGAAAAAGAAUAUGGCUGAAAGUAAUGUAACCACUGACUCUGAUGCUCGAAUAAAAGUCCUGGAGAACAGCAGCUUACAAAUCAAUGGCGUUCAACGGGAAGACCAUGGAGCUUACAGUUGUGUGGCCAGAGUUCCAGGUCGCCCCAUAUCUGAAGCCCUUGUCAUCUCUGUUGUUGUCACCGCUUCUCCGAAAGUACGGAUUCAAGAACGUGAGAAAAAUGUUUUGGAAGGACCUGAAAAUAAUGUGUCCAUUGUCUGUUUGGUGACCGGUGAACCAACUCCAAACAUAACUUGGUCUAGCCCAAUGUUGUCAAACACCAGCCACUACAUAUUCAAUUCAGACAAGAGCGAGUUGACCAUCACUUCUGUGGACUUCAGCGACAAUGGAGAGUACAUAUGUACAGCUAGAAAUAAAAUCGGAGCACAAAACGCCAGCUUCAAGCUAAAUGUCUUAGUACAUCCUACUAUAAACCUGACAACAGAGAAUAUGGAAGUGAAGCCCGGACACCCUGCCUCUGUGACUUGUCAAGUUACUGGACGACCAACUCCCACAAUUACCUGGAUAAAGAAAAACACCGGUGAGAAACUGACCACCACCAGUGGCCGGGUCAAAGCUGUGGGAUCCACACUGCGAAUUGAGAAGGUGGAACCCUCAGAUGGAGGCUUGUACACCUGCAUGGCCCACAACACCGCUGGGAAUGACAGCAAAGAUUUCAGCUUAGAGACUUGGCCAGACACCCCUGCUCCGAUCACUAUCACUGCAGGCACCACAUCAGUUACAUUUUCCCAAACAGUCCCUGUAGUAAAUGGAGGAUCAUCAAUCACCAACUACAUCUUAGAAUGGAAAAAGGAGGGUGCAGAUGAAUGGACCCAGACAUUAGCCCCAUUUGAAGAAACUGUAUCCAUCACUUCUCUGAAGCCAAGCACUUCCUACUCUGUUCGAAUGGCCGCCCAUAACCGCAUUGGCCAGGGGGAAUUCUCCUCAGAGUAUUCCAUACAAACACUACCCGAUGAUGAGACUGAAAUCCCCAUUUUAUUAACCAGCGAAGGCAAAGUGGAAAACAAUUCCUUCUCCAUCUAUUUCAAGCAGCUUGACAGUAGCAACAUAUCAAUCAUUCACUAUUCUGUGCGGUACAGGAAUCUCUCUGUCAAUGAUGACUGGAAAACAGAAACGCUUCCUGCCAAUUCCACCAGGAUCCUCCUAGCUAACCUCAGUUACAACGCCAGCUACCUUGUGGAGCUUGUUGCCUUCAAAUCCACUGGCACUUCCAGACCCACUUUUUUUAACUUUACCACCCCCCAGCUUGCUACCUUGGUCAAACCCAGUAAGUCUGGGAUGGGAAAAGCAGGCAUGGUGGGCAUUGUCAUGCUGAUUUUUGUGGUGAUGCUGGUUGCUGUGGACGCCACUUGUUGCUAUACGAACAACUGUGGUGUGCUGAUGUUCCUGGCGGUCAAGCUUCUUGGGCGAAAUGCACCUAAAGACAAGGGUCUUGAGCAGGUCAACGGGGAAAUCUCCACUGUAAUACUUCCCAGCAGUAAACCUUCCACAGAGGCAUGACAGACCAGGAAGGAUGUGGCCUAAUUCACACUCAACAUUGCUGCAAGUUUUUUAGCUGAAUAAUUUGUCUAAACACACACACACACACACCCACAUACACACACAGACAAACACAUAUAUAUGUGUACAUGUGUGUGUGUGUAUAUAUAUAUAUACACACACGUACACAUAUUACAAAUGACUAUAUAUUUAUAUAUAUUUGUAUAUAAAAAAAAAUUCCAGAUGCUACAUCCACAAGAUCGAUGGAUGGAUGAACAAAUUUAUAAUAUAUAUGUCCUACAAAUAUUUUGCCGAGCACUUUUAAUUUUUAAACUGUGUAUGAUGUAUACAACCUAAGAGGUAUAAUAAUUAUAAUUACAAUGGUAAUGGUAUGAUAAUGAAAUUAUCUGUGGUUUUGAAGAGAGUUAGUAGUCAUUUAUUUUACUGGUAAUUUAAACAUUACCUCAUACCUAGAAUAUGUAGGGAAAGAUUUUAAUAAAUAUUUUACACUUCAGAUUUUUAAAAUAUCUUUGCAUACAUCUCUGGGUUUUAGCCAAGAUUUCCAAAUUCAUGCACACUGUUGUUGGUUACAGUGCAAAAAUUAGCAUUCUGCUAGGAAAAAGUUGUACAUACAAAAAAUGUAAGAUUUUUUAAAUUGUUUGUUUACAUUUCUUAUUUAACUGUACUGUAUUGUA